CGCGCCCUGGGUCGAGUGCCCCGAUCCCACGCCACUUGUGCCAGGACAGAUCCUUGUCCCCGAACUCUGCGCAAGUAAGACCCAGGCGCUGCCCCCGGCUCCCCUGGACCCCCGGGAUUGGAACAUCAAUUAACAUCUGACCACUGCCAACCUGCCCACGUCGACCUCAUCUCUGGGCUCAAGAGAGGAAGCAGGUCUUGGGGUGCAUCAUGAUUUCAUCAUUCUUAGUACUGGCCAUUGGCGCCUGCCUUACCAACUCCUUAGUGCCAGAGAAAGAGAAAGACCCUAAUUACUGGCGAGUCCAGGCUCAGGAGACCCUAAAAACUGCCCUGGAACUUCAGAAUCUCAACACCAAUGUGGCUAAAAACAUCAUCAUGUUCCUGGGAGAUGGAAUGGGUGUCUCCACGGUGACGGCCGCCCGCAUCCUCAAGGGUCAGCUCCACCACAAGCCCGGGGAGGAGACCAUACUGGAGAUGGACAAGUUCCCCUUUGUGGCCCUUUCCAAGACAUACAACACCAACGCUCAGGUCCCCGACAGCGCGGGCACCGCCACAGCCUACUUGUGCGGAGUGAAGGCCAACGAGGGCACUGUGGGGGUGAGUGCGGCGACCGAGCGCUCCCAGUGCAACACCACUCAGGGAAACGAGGUCACCUCCAUCCUGCGCUGGGCCAAGGAUGCUGGCAAGUCUGUGGGCAUUGUGACCACCACCCGGGUGAACCAUGCCACUCCCAGCGCUGCCUAUGCCCACUCUGCUGACCGGGACUGGUACUCAGACAAUGAGAUGCCCCCAGAGGCUGUGAGCCAGGGCUGCAAGGAUAUUGCCUACCAGCUCAUGCACAACAUCAAGGACAUUGAGGUGAUCAUGGGAGGUGGCCGGAAGUACAUGUUCCCCAAGAAUAGAACCGAUGUGGAGUAUGAGAUGGACGAGAAGGCCAGGGGCACAAGGCUAGAUGGCCUGAACCUCAUUAACAUCUGGAAGAGCUUCAAACCCAGACACAAGCACUCCCACUAUGUCUGGAACCGCACCGAGCUCCUGGCCCUCGAUCCCCAUGCAGUGGACUACCUCUUGGGUCUCUUCGAGCCGGGGGACAUGCAGUACGAGCUGAACAGGAACAACACGACUGACCCGUCGCUCUCUGAGAUGGUGCGCGUGGCCAUCAAGAUCCUGAAGAAGAACCCCAAAGGCUUCUUCUUGCUGGUGGAAGGAGGCAGGAUUGACCAUGGGCACCACGAGGGCAAAGCCAAGCAGGCCCUGCACGAGGUGGUAGAGAUGGACCAGGCCAUUGGCCAGGCGGGCACCAUGACCUCUGUGGAAGACACCCUGACUGUGGUCACUGCUGACCACUCCCACGUCUUCACCUUUGGUGGCUACACCCCCCGUGGCAACUCCAUUUUUGGUCUGGCUCCCAUGGUAAGCGACACGGACAAGAAGCCCUUCACUGCCAUCCUGUACGGCAAUGGGCCUGGCUACAAGGUGGUGGGCGGUGAGCGAGAGAACGUCUCCAUGGUGGACUAUGCUCACAACAACUACCAGGCUCAGUCAGCUGUGCCCCUGCGCCAUGAGACUCACGGCGGGGAGGACGUAGCAAUCUUCUCCAAGGGCCCCAUGGCACACCUGCUGCACGGCGUCCACGAGCAGAACUACAUCCCCCACGUGAUGGCUUAUGCAGCCUGCAUCGGUGCCAACCACAACCACUGUGCCUUGGACAACUCGGUGGGCAGCCCCUCUCCCGGUCCCCUGCUGCUCCUGCUGGCCCUGCUCCCUGUGAGCAUCCUGUUCUGA